AACGCUGCGAGGAGGUCAGCGGGCGGCGGCGAAGAGGCGAACCGCAUCGCGUACGGCAUGGCUUCCCGGUUUGAGAAGCGUCCGGCGCUUCGCUCGCAAAACAUCGCCCGCACAGCGGAGGAGAGUCCAGCCGCAGCCGAAGACAACCAGCGAGUCGACUGCAGCGGGUAGCAGACGACGCUUGGGAGGAUAGCGGGGCGCGACGGGGUGGGUGAGCGUCUGCUAGUGUGUGCACCCGAAAGUUGACAACGCGGACCUUCCUAGGCGAAGCAAACGCCAUGACGCUCGCCGAGUUCUUGCUCGUGCUCCUGGAGUUCGUGCUCCUGAACGUGCAGUGCCUGUGGAUCGCGCUGCGCGAGGCGGUUCACUGGCCCGCGCCGCCGCCUCCAAAGUCGGUUGCCGGCAAGGUCGUCUUGAUUACGGGAUCCGGCCAUGGCGUCGGCCGCGAACUGGCGCUCCGCUUCGCCCGGCUGGGCGCACGCGUCGUCCUCGUCGACAUCCACAAGGAGAACAACCAGUCGGUGGCUGACGAGAUCAAGCUGGACGUGGGCGUGUCGGCGCACGCCUACCAGUGUGACGUCUCCGACGAGAAGCAGGUGCGCGAGCUGGCGCGCCGGGUGUCCCAGGAGGUGGGGCCCGUCGCCAUCCUGGUCAACAAUGCCGCGGUCACUCAGUGCCAGCCACUGCUCACGCUGAAGCCAGAGCAGAUACGGCGCACCCUGGACGUCAACCUGCUCUCGCACUUCUGGAUGAUACAGGAGUUCCUGCCUGGAAUGCUAGUCCAGAAGGAAGGUCACAUCGUCGCCAUGUCCUCCAUAGCCGGCUACGUGGGCACCGGGUACCUCACAGAUUACUGUGCAUCGAAGUUCGCCGUCCGGGGCUUGAUGUGUGCUCUCAACGAAGAACUCUACCAGCUCGGCCUGCUUGACAAGAUAAAGCUGACAACGGUGUGCCCCAUGGCCAUCAACACUGGAAUGUUUAAGGAGCCAAAGUCAAGAUUCCCAUGGCUGGCUCCCAUUCUGGAAACGCAGGCUGUCGCUGACCGGACAAUGGACGCGAUUCUUCGAGAAGAGCUCGAAGUAGUCAUCCCGCACAGGAUCCUCCUUAUGCACAGGCUCAUGUUUUUGUUCCCGUCAAAAGCAAUGAAGCUGAUGCAGCGGUUCAUGGGUUGCACCGUCGAGCCACACGAGGGUGCUUCCUCGACCAACGCCACAACGUCCGCCUUCGGAUGAAGACAGGUCCUCCGGCUCGUGCUAAGUGCGAGCUGCAGGAGCCACCAGCGGACGAAUUCGUUCUUGUUUUUUCCAAGUUUUGUGUUGUUUGUUCGCUUGUUAGCAGCAGUGGACGCGAAAUGAACUUUCCAGACGCUAGUCCCAUGGCGUUCGUUCUAGGACUGCUUGGACGAGCGGCGUCAAAACGGGUCCUGCUUGCGGGCAAGAACAAGACAAUCGAGUUCUACGGACUGCCCUGAGUCUUGUCAGUCACGAAAAGAACAAUAUGUUGCCACAAGCAAUAAAUGCUGUCUGUUUCA